GGCAAGAGCACUUCGAGACAAAAGCAACAGAGAACCUCAGGACGAGGAAGCUCGCUAGAAAGGAUUAUUACAUUUCUCGUCCUGGUGGUGAUGGUUUUGGCGCAUCUGCUGGGAUCGCUUCGGGACUUUUUGACUAUUUGGCAAGAUACGUGGGCAGAUGUUUUCGUAGCUCCUUUUUUUCACCUCCUCUGCCGCACUGGUUUCUUUCCACUGUCCAGUUGUCUGUUGAAAACCGGCUCCGGUGCCUCUCCCCUCCUCUUUUCCUCUCCUCCUCUUCUUGAUCACUCCUUUCUUUGGCCCCCAAAAUGCCCAGCUCACUGUUAGCCGACUGCAGCGUGCAGGGAGAUGCGCUGGACGACCAAAGAGCCCUACAGAUUGCUCUAGACCAGCUGUCUCUGCUUGGUUUGACUGCCGACGACAAUCCGCUGUGCGACGACAGCGAUGAACCCAGGAAAAGGAGUGUCAAUAUGACUGAGUGCGUUCCUGUGCCCAGCUCCGAGCAUGUGGCCGAGAUUGUGGGGAGACAAGGUUGUAAGAUUAAAGCCCUGCGAGCAAAGACCAACACCUACAUCAAGACUCCAGUCCGAGGUGAGGAGCCAGUUUUCGUCGUGACGGGCAGAAGGGAGGAUGUGGCGAUGGCCAGGAGAGAGAUCAUCUCAGCGGCAGAGCAUUUCUCAAUGAUCCGAGCUUCCAGAAACAAAAACGCCAGUUCAAACGGGAGCGGCACUCAGAUCCCCGGCCCCCCCAACCUACCUGGACAGACCACCAUCCAGGUGCGAGUCCCUUACCGCGUCGUCGGUCUUGUCAUGGGCCCGAAGGGCGCUACGAUCAAACGCAUCCAGCAGCAGACCCAUACUUACAUUGUAACUCCCAGUCGCGAUAAGGAGCCUGUGUUUGAGGUGACGGGGAUGCCGGAAAAUGUGGACCGAGCCCGCGAGGAGAUUGAAGCUCAUAUCGCCGUGAGAACAGGGGGUCUUAUCGAGGUCCAGGAUGUCAACGACUUCCAUGCUAAUGGAACAGACGUGGGGUUUGAUCUGAACGGGCAUCCCGCUAAGUGGUCCAAGCCCAGCGUCAGGACGACCCCCACCUCUGUUCGCAAACCCUUUUCUAAGUACCGCAAUGACUCCUCCUCUUCGCUAGGAAGCGCCUCCACUGACUCUUACUUUGGCACUAACCCUUGCCGCAUGGCGGACAACAGCCCUCCAAGCCCUGCAAUAAGUUACACAACCAACUACAAUAAUAAUAACUACAAUAAAAACAAUAUCAACGUCAACACAAAUGCACAAUUUUUUGUUUAUGCAAAUGAGGCAAUGUCUCCUGACUGCAAUGAUCUGACAUUUGAUUCCCCGCCAGUGCUGGAACCAACGCCAGCCCAACUUGGGAUUUUCUGGUCGCAGUGCGAAAAUCAACCCGUUUCUUUUUCACCUGCCAACUCCAGUGGGGUGAGGGCGAAUCAGAGAAAUAUGAACAAAGACGGCGGAUCCCAGCCCAGAAUUUCAUCGCCUCCCCACAAUGGUACCAAGGAGUACCUGUUAGCCCGAAGUGAAGACCUGCUCAGUUUCUCCGGCUAUGUCAAAACUGUCGUUUCUCUGACCAACUCUCACCUUCCUUGUGUUCCGUUCGACUCCUCUUCGUCAUCCUCCUCUUCCUCAUCCACGAGCCGUAAAGGCAGCCGAGACUGUUCUGUGUGCUUUGAAAGCGAAGUCAUUGCAGCGUUGGUGCCCUGUGGGCACAACCUCUUCUGUAUGGAUUGUGCCAAUCGUAUCUGUGAGCGAAGCGAGCCCAAAUGCCCUGUCUGCCAAAGCAGCGUUACUCAGGCUAUACGUAUAUUUUCAUAAGAAUGUACAUAAACUAUUUAAUGAGGCUUGUUAAACAGGCAACAAGCGCUUUAAUUGACCUUUCGAAAAAAGCUCCGCCCCUGCUUAGUUACGGUUGCUAGGCCGACAUGCUUCGUGACUCCAGACGUACAGGGGAGUAUUUUAAGCAAGGACGUAGGUUUGCAUAGUUGGGGUGGGAACCCUUUGGUACCUCACGAUAUGAUUCGAGUUGCGAUACAAAGCUCACGAUAACGAUGAUCUCACGAUAUGGUGAUACAACGAUUAUCAAUACAUUGGUCAGGAAAUCCUUCUUAAAGAAGCAACUAAUAGACAGAAAAACAAGCUGCAGUGGUAUGAAAAAGUUUUUGAACCUUUUGGAAUUUCUCACGUCUGCAUAAAAUCACCAUCAGAUGUGAUCUGAUCGUUGUCAAAAUCAUACAGAUGAAAAAACAGUGUCUGCUUUAACUAAAACCACCCAAACAUAGGUUUUCAUAUUUAAAUGAAGAUAGUAUGCAAACAAUGACAUAAGGGCUAAAAAUAAGUUAACCAUCACAUUUAAUAUUUUGUGCCCCCCCCCCCCCCCUUUUUGGCAGCAAUAACUUCAACCAGACAUUUUCUGUAGCUGCAGAUCAGUCUGGCACAUCGAUCAGGACUAAUCUUGGCCCAUUCUUCUCUACAAAACUGCUGAAGGUCAGAUUCCUGGGAUAUCUGGCAUGAAUCGUUGUCUUUAGGUCAUGCUACAGCAUCUCAAUGGGGUUCAAGUCUGGACUUUGACUUACCACUCCAGAACGUGUAUUUUGUUCUUCUGAAACCAUUCUGAAGUUGAUUUACUUCUGUGCUUUGGAUCAUUGUCUUGUUGCAGCAUCCGUCCUCUUUUUAGCAGACGGACUCAGGCUUUGCUGCAAAACAUCCUGAUAAACCUUUGAACUCAUUUUUCCAUUAAUGAUUGCAAUUUGUCCAGCCCAGGAGGCACCAAAGCAGCCCCAAAUCAUGAUACUCCCUCCACCAUGCUUCACAGUGGACAUGAGGUGUUGAUGUUGGUGAUGGUGAGCUGUUCCAUUUUUCCUCCACAUGUGAUGUUGUGUGUUACUCCCAAACAAUUCAACUUUGGUUUCAUUAGUCCACGUAAUAUUUUGCCAAAACCUCUGUGGAGUGUGUAAUGCCUUUUUGAGAACAUUAAACGAGCAACAAUGUUUUUUUAGACAGCAGUGGCUUCCUCCGUGGAGUCCUCCCCUCAUCAGACCAUAGGAUUUGGUUCCAGUAAUCCAUGUGAUUUGUUGACAAGUCUUCAGCAAACUGUUUGCGGGCUUUCUUGUGUACCGUCUUUAGAAGAGGCUUCCUCCUGGGGUGACAGCCUUGCAGACCAAUUUGAUGUAGAAUACGGCGUAUGGUCUGAGCACUAACAGACUGACUCCCCACCUCUUCAUUCUCUCCUGUAACGAGUCACAUGGCAUUUUGGAGGAAAAAUGAUAAGCAAUGCUCAAUUUGGACAUUUAGGGAUGUGCAUUUUUUCAUAGGUGUGUUCUCACUUUUGUUGCCAGGGGUUUAGAUAUUAAUGGUUAUAUUUUGAGUUAUUUUGAGGGGAAAAUAAAUGAACUCUAUUAUAUAAGCUGCACACUGACUACUUUUCAUUGUGUCAAAGUUUCAUUUUGUCAGUGUGGUCCCAUGAAAAGAUAUACUUUAAAUAUCUGCAGAAAUGUGACGGGUGUACUCCCUUUUGUGAUUCACUGUAGUUGAUGUGUGCACAUAGAUAUUGGACUGUGCCAGGGAUUUCUGUAAGUCUUUAGCAGACACUCUAGGGUUCUCUGUUACCACUCUGAGUAAUCUGCGCUGAACUCUUGGCGUCAUCUUUGGUGGACGGCCACUCCUUGGGAGAGAAGCAACAGUGCCAAACUCUCUCCAUUUGUAGACAACUUCUCUGACUCACCCAGACAUUUAGAGAUGGUGUUGUAACCUUUCCCAGCUUUAUACAAAUCAACAAUCCUUGAUGGCAGGUCUUCAGACAGCUAUUUUGACCGAGCCAUUAGCCAGGUGUGUGUUUUAUAAUAGGCAGGGCAGCUUUAAACUUAAACUUAAAUCAGUGAUUGGGCACACACCUGACUUAAAAUGUUUGGUAAAAAAUGGUUUCAAUUGAUCGUUAAGUCUUCUUGGGCAGAGGGUUCACUUACUUAUUUUCCCCCUUCUGUUACUGUUUUCAUACAUCUUCAUUAAAAUAUGAAAACCUAAAAAUGUUUGGGUGGUUUUAGUUGAAGCAGACACUGUUUUUUCAUCUGUGAUUUCGACAAAGAUCAGAUCAUGCAGAAAUGACAGAAAUUCCAAAAGGUUCGGAUACUUUUUCAUACCACUGUAUCUUAAUCCUUCUGCUGUAAGUUUACAACUAGUAGACGUCCAAUCCAUUUGAGCUGGGAAGGUCGCAGUGAAUAAACCCCUCCCACUUCGAACGGGCCCUUCCCACGUCUAGGUCGUUUUGGCCCAUUUCAGGUCAUUACCUGUUGAUUUUGGGGCAUUUCAGGGUCACUUCAUGUUGAUUUUGGGUUACAGAACAGGCAGUGACCCAGGAAUUAAUCGGCAGUGACUCCCAACUCAACAGGAAGUGACCUGUAAAUGCCCUAAAAUGAACAGAAAGUGACCUGUAAAUGCCCAGAAAAUUACUGUGAAUGCUCUUCGAACAAAUGAACGUUAAUUCGCCCUUCCCGGUCUUAAUGGAUUGGGUGUCGAGCGCUGUCAAUAGCAGCCAUUGAGUUAACUGAGACAUUUUUAUGGUGGAAGAUUUUGGUAGCAACUUGUUGCUGAUUUGGUGGGCCAAACACUGGUUGCUUUAUGUUCGUGCUCGUACAAGGUGCAACUAGUGUCCCCUAGUGUCCCCACUUUUUUUUUUUUUUUUUUUUUUAAAAAGGGACGUGCACGUCACCCGUUCAUAAUCUGUUUGGUUUUAUUAAUGUCAUACCCCCAACAAAAAGGGCACAUGCAGGUUAUGCUGUUACAUCCUCCCUACCAAUGUUGAGGCCAAACCUACACCGCUGCUUUCAAGGGAUUUUUUUGGGAGCAAUACCAGUGCAGCAGCCUCCCGAUUCAGGCAAAAGGUAAUACAGUGAUCCCUCAUAACGUCAUGGCUCAACUCUGGCGUCCACUGUGCAUCGCAGAUCUAUUUAAAAUUAUUCAUCAAAAAUUAAAAAUUGAGAAAAUAUGGUGCGAAAGUUGCCAGUGCGCUAGCAGAAGGCAGGGAGUGCGUGCACUACUCAAAAUCCACCUCUCUGCUUCACUGGCCAGCAUCCCCCCCUCAUGACUCAUUAAUCUCGCAAGAUGAUUGGCCGUUAGAGAAUGAAUGUACAAUAUGUAUAAUUUAUACAUUGUUUUAUAAAUGUUUUUAGAUCAUUUACAUGUUGCAAAUUAUUCUUUAAUGUUCUAAUUAUAAAAUGCAUUUACAGGGUUUAAUAUAGACUUAUUGAUAUGAUAUACACACACACACAAAAUGUGGGGUGACACUACUUCGCAGUUUUUCACUUUAUGCUGUCAGUUCUGGUCCCAAUUAACAACAAUAAGUGAGGGAUCAUUGUAAAAUAUCCAGUGGAGGGUUGUACUGAAAAUUUUAAAAAUUGUAGCAAACAAUCGAGGCAAAAGCACACAGGAUGAACACUUACAGCAAAGCAAAGGGUUGGGAUGAUGUCCGUUCACAAAAUGUUACAUGCCCGUGCCCAUCCCCGCGGCAGCAGCGCCGUUUCACUGGGCUCAGCCUAGUCUCCACUUGGCAAAGACACUUUUCUAACCCACUCAGUACUUGCUACUCAUGUGUUUUUACAUUUUUGGUGCUAAUUAGGUGGGCCAAACACUCAUUGCUUGAUAUUCAUGCUUGUACAAGCAUGCGUGACAUGCAUGAGUUUAACACAAGCUAAAGUUACGCUUUAGGCCCGAAGUGGCAGUCGCGAGUAAAAAAGUUUAAACAUAGAACGGACUGCGAACGAAGGCAUGAAGUUUACCAACUGGCUAAUUAAACAGCUAUACUAAUAGCUGUAUGGAAUCACCAGUCUCGGACGAGCACUCACUCAGACAUUUUAUUAUUUAGAGCAAAC